GGCUAGGCUACAGCAAGAAAUUUCUAGAAAUCAAGCGUAUGAAUCCGACGUGAAAAAAUGAAUAUUAAAUCAGAAAGUAGUGUAAACAAUUAAGCAAGUAACAAUACGUUAAAGUAUUGGGUGGCGCUUGUAAAUAAUAAUAUAAUGGUUCCUAUUUGGUUUCGGACACUUGUAAAGAAUCACGUGUUUAGUUUCAUUUAAUCUGUCCUAACUUAAUACAAUAUCAAAACACACUUGUGGUGAUGAUACUGGAAAGUGAAAACACAUUUUACACACUCACAAUAAAUUACCACAAUACUGACACAACUCUGUAUUACUGUAUAUAACCACUUUUAAUACACACAAAAAAUCUGUAUAUAACCAUAAGCUCUCCUUCACUUCAUCUUCAACAAUUUUCUCCACCAAUAUCUAUCUAUAGCUUUAGAGAAAGCGAGAAACACAAAAUGGUGAGCUUCGAGAGGGUUCCUUUACUGUUAGGGUUAGUUCUGGUUCUAACUCUGGUCGGAGCUCCGACCAAAGCCCAAGGACCUGUUUGCCGUCAAGCUGAGACAUUUAGCCGAGCUAGCUUCCCUGAAGGAUUUCUUUGGGGAACAGCUACUGCAGCGUUUCAGGUUGAAGGAGCUGUUGAUGAAGGUUGCAGAGGUCCAAGCAUGUGGGACACUUUCACUAAGAAAUACCCACAUAGAUGCCAAAAUCAUAACGCUGAUGUUGCUGUUGAUUUCUACCAUCGUUACAAGGAAGAUAUCAAGUUGAUGAAAGACCUCAACACUGAUGCUUUUAGACUUUCUAUCGCGUGGCCCAGAAUCUUCCCCCAUGGAAGAAUGUCUAAGGGAAUAAGCAAACAAGGAGUCCAAUUCUACCACGACCUCAUCGAUGAGCUUCUCAAAAACAACAUAACUCCACUAGUAACAGUCUUUCACUGGGAUACUCCUCAAGACUUAGAAGAUGAAUACGGUGGUUUCCUCAGUGGUCUCAUUGUGAAGGAUUUUACGGAAUAUGCAAACUUUACUUUCCACGAAUACGGACACAAAGUGAAGAACUGGAUCACAUUCAAUGAGCCAUGGGUGUUUAGUCGUGCCGGUUACGACGUCGGUAAAAAGGCUCCGGGACGUUGUUCACCGUACAUCGAAGAAUGGGGAAAGCACUGUGAAGAUGGACGGUCAGGAUUCGAAGCUUACCAAGUCAGUCACAAUUUACUCUUGGCUCAUGCUUAUUCCGUUCAAGCCUUCAGACAAUGCAAACAGUGUGCUGGGGGUAAAAUUGGAAUUGCCCACAGUCCAGCUUGGUUCGAACCAGCCGACCUUGAGACUGUUGGAGCUCCCAUUGAACGUGUUCUUGAUUUCAUCCUGGGAUGGCAUUUGCAUCCAACAACAUUCGGAGAUUAUCCACAGUCGAUGAAGGAUCGCAUUGGUCAUAGAUUACCAAAAUUCACAGAAGCUGAAAAGAGAAUUUUAAAGGAUUCUGCAGAUUUUGUAGGAAUGAAUUAUUACACUUCAAUGUUUGGAGCUCAUAUGGACGAAGCAGGUUCUAGUAAGAACCCUAGUUGGACGACAGAUUCUCUUGUUAAAUGGGAAAGCAAGACUGUGGAUGAAUACAAAAUUGGUAGCCUGCCUGCUGGUGGUAAACUGGCUGUGUACUCAAGAGGAAUGAGAAAGCUUUUGAAGUAUAUCAAGGACAAUUAUAAAGACCCGGAAAUUAUGAUCACCGAGAAUGGAUAUGGAGAGGACCUUGGAGACCUUCACAAUGACGUGAAGACUGGGACAAAUGACCACAACAGGAAAUAUUAUCUCCAAAGGCAUCUCUUGAGUUUGCAUGAAGCUAUUUGCGACGACAAAGUGAACGUUACGGGAUACUACGUGUGGUCUUUGAUGGACAACUUUGAGUGGCAAGAUGGUUACAAGGCGAGGUUCGGGCUUUACUAUAUCGAUUUCCUCAACAACUUGACUCGUCACCAGAAAGUUUCGGGCAAGUGGUAUGCUGAUUUCCUUAAGCCAGGAUUUCCAACUUCCAAGCUAUUGAGGGAAGAACUCUAAGAUCAAGAAUCCAAAUCUUGAAUCCUACGAAAAAAAAAUAGUUUAUUGCAAGAGUCUUGUUCUUGAUGAGGAUUAGUAUCAGUUUGUGUGUUCUACGUACGGAUCAUGUUUACCGUUUUUAUCUAUGGUUUCUUCCGAUGUGUAAGCUGUUUAAGUUUUAAUCGUAAUAAUAAUCGUUGUUUACAACAACAAAGUAAUGACAUGGUGUUGUCUUUUUUGUUGAAAACGACAUUUCAAAUCUGCAGGAGUGUUUGAACGAAAAGAAUAGAUAAGAUUUAGAACCACCAAAUAUCAAUAUUUAAUUCUCUCCCUGAUAA